CGCUCCCGGUUCUGGGCUCCCCAGCGCCAUGCCCAAGGUGCGGCGGGCGCGGGGCUCCGGCCCCGCUGCGGGGCUGCCGCUGGCGGAGCAGAUCCUGCAGGAAGCGGCUCCUCGGGCCCCGCGGGCGGGCGCGCAGGACGAGGACGAGCGGGAGCCGGGCUACGUGGACGCGCGGCUGUCCCGGCGCAUCCUGCAGCAGGCGCGGCGGCAGCAGGAGGAGCUGGAGGCCGAGCACGGCCCCGGCGCGCCCGAGCAGCGCUGCACGGUCCUGGGUCCCGGUUCCGACUCGGAGGACGAUGAGGAGUGGCCGUCGCUGGAGGCGGCUGCGGGGCGCGGCGGGGAGGUGGAGGUGGACCCCGAGGACGAGGCGGCCAUCGAGCGGUUCAUGACCAAGAACCCCCCGUUGAGGCGCACGCUGGCGGACGUCAUCCUGGAGAAGAUCACCGAGAAGCAGACGGAGGUGGACACGGCGCUGUCCGAGGCGUCCGGAUGCCCAAUGCCCCAGCUCGACCCCCGCGUCCUGGAGGUCUACAGGGGGGUGCGAGAGGUGCUGUCCAAAUACAGGAGCGGGAAGCUCCCCAAAGCAUUUAAGAUCAUUCCUGCCUUGUCCAACUGGGAGCAGAUCCUCUACAUCACGGAGCCGGAGGCAUGGACAGCGGCUGCCAUGUACCAGGCCACCAGGAUAUUCUCAUCCAACCUGAAGGAGAGGAUGGCCCAGCGGUUCUACAACCUGGUGCUGCUGCCGCGGGUCAGGGACGACAUUGCAGAGUACAAGCGCCUCAAUUUUCACCUCUACAUGGCUCUGAAGAAGGCUCUGUUCAAGCCAGCAGCUUGGUUCAAAGGGAUCCUCAUCCCGCUGUGCGAGUCGGGGACCUGCACGCUGCGGGAGGCCAUCAUCAUCGGCAGCAUCCUCACCAAGUGCUCCAUCCCCGUCCUCCACUCCAGCGCGGCCAUGCUGAAGCUCGCCGAGAUGCCCUACAACGGCGCCAACAGCAUCUUCCUCCGCCUGCUCAUCGACAAGAAGUACGCGCUGCCCUUCCGCGUGGUGGAUGCCCUCGUCUUCCACUUCCUGGCCUUCCGCACGGACCAGCGCGUCCUGCCCGUGCUGUGGCACCAGAGCUUCCUGGCCUUGGCCCAGCGCUACAAGGAGGACCUGUCCUCGGAGCAGAAGGAGGCGUUGCUGGAGCUGCUCAAGUUCCACAGCCACCCACAGAUCUCACCGGAGAUCCGGAGGGAGCUGAUGAACUCCAAGACUCGGGAUGUGGAGGACCAGCAGCCUGCAGCCAUGGAGUGAGCAGGGAUGGGGGGAAGCCGCAGCCUGAGCUGCUCCUGGAUGCUGCUGGAUGCAGUUCUCAGUGUGUGUGAGUGAAGCCGUGAGGAGCUGGGCAGGAGCAUCCAGCCAGGAUCCUGCUGCCCCGAGUGCUGUGCCCAUAGAGCACCGUGCUCCCUGCACUGGGCAGAACCUGGUGCCAUCAGCGCCAGGGAGGGUUUGGCUUGUUCCUGUGUUGGAAAAUAAACCCGGAGCAGCGUCCAUGCUUCCGGACCCA